AUGGUAAUGCCGCCUUUCCUGCGACUCCUUAGGCGGCAAGUGGUCUGCCUUCAGAUCGGAGCACCCAACUCCCAGUGCUUCGGCUCCACACACAUGUCGCCGGCGAGUCCGUCGAAUGGUAUAAAAGUAACGCAAUGCACGCAAUCCACUUACAGUUGCAAUUCUCCCUCCAAGCCAAGUGAAUCGAAGACCAACGCUAGCAUGAAGCUUCUGAUCUUUACAACCCUGCUGGCCGUGGCCAAUGCCGCUCCUGGACUCCUGGACUACGGACACUCGGCACCGGACUACAGCUACGCCCAUGCUGCUCCUGCCAUCACCUAUGCGGCUGCAGCUCCAGUGAUUAAGUCGUACGCUGCCCCAGCCAUCACCUAUGCCGCCCCAGCUCCGGUGAUCAAGUCCUAUGCCGCUCCAGCAAUCAGCUACGCCCACGCUGCUCCUGCCAUCAGCUACGCCGCUCCGGUGGUCAAGUCCUACGCCGCUCCAGUGGCGGUCAAGGUGGCGGCUCCGGCCACCAGCUACUCGCACUUCAGCUCGGUUGUUUCCCAUGCCACGCCCAUUGUGAAGUCCUAUGCUGCACCGGCCGUGAUUAAGUCCUACGCCGCUCCAGCAAUCAGCUACGCCCAUGCCGCUCCUGCCAUCAGUUACGCCGCUCCCACGGUGGUCAAGUCCUAUGCCGCCCCAGCCAUCAGCUACGCAGCUCCGCUGGUGAAGUCCUACGCUGCUCCGGCCUUGUCCCUGGGUGGCUACGAUGACCACGGCUAUGGAUACCACUAGGUCAGCACACCGAACACCUCCAAGUCGAUCCC